AUGUCUCCCAACGGCCGAUCAUUCCUCCUUGACCCCCAAAGCGUCGGGUCGAUGCGAUAUUCCCAUGCGCGCGUGGUCCAGCCUUCUACAUACCACACAAUCUACGUCUCUGGAAUUGCAGCAGUCUCUCCGGAGGGGGUCCAUGAAGGGGUCACCGAAAAUUCAGAUGGCAGUUUCACCAUCAAUGUCCGGGAGCAAACAGCGGCUAUUCUUCACAGAAUUGAGAGCAUCAUUCAAGGCGCCUCCGACGGAAAGGCAAAUCUGCACAGUGUCGUGGAUGCUACAGUCUAUCUUCUGGAUAUGAAAACUCAAUAUGCAGACAUGAACGAGGAAUGGAAUAAGAUCUGGUCCGACCGUGCCAGCGCUCCCGCGCGCGCGACCAUUGGAGUCAGAGAACUUCCAGACCCUCAUUUCGCAGUGGAAAUCAAGGUGACAGCCAUUUUUGAGUCCUGA